GAAGCAGGUUGGGCCUAAGGGGGCAGGCCUCGAGUGGCCAUGGGGUCCAGGUCUAGGUCUAGGUCUAGAGAACGGCGUCAGCGGAGAAGCCGGUCUAGGUCUGAAGAGGGAGAAAGUCGGGGGAGGAGAAGAAGAGAUCGGGAAGGGAGCUCAGAGGAAGAGAACCAGAAAUGGGGAAAGAAAAAGGAAAAAAGCAGGGACCAGCAUCACAAGAGAUACAAGAGGCACUCUUCACGUCAUCGGGAACGGUCCCCCAGCUCAGAUUCCUCUUCAGAAAAAAGGGGCCACAGAAGCGAGAGGCGAGGGAAGAAAACCCGGAAGCGUUCUGAAUCCAGGUCCUCGGUGUCUUCCAUGACGUCCCCUUCACCCUCCCGCUCACAGAGCUCCAAGGGUGACCUGGGUGAGCAGCUAAGCCUCCAGGAGCACUUGACAUUGAAAGAAGAGAAAAAAAAGCAGAGGGAGCUGAUGAAGGCACUUGAAACCCCUGAAGAGAAACGGGCCCGUCGUCUGGCCAAGAAGGAGGCCAAGGAACGAAAAAAACGAGAGAAGAUGGGGUGGGGAGAAGAGUAUAUGGGCUACACCAAUACCGACAACCCUUUUGGGGACAACAACCUGCUAGGAGCUUUCAUCUGGAGCAAGGCUUUGGAAAAAAAGGGAAUUGGACACUUAGAGGAAAAAGAAUUGAAAGACCGGAACAAGCGGAUCCAAGAAGAAAAUCGCCUUGAGUUGCAGAAGGUGAAGCAGCUCCGCUUGGAGCGGGAGCGGGAAAAGGCCAUGAGAGAGCAAGAGCUGGAGAUGUUGCAACGGGAGAAAGAGGCGGAGCAUUUCAAGACAUGGGAGGAGCAAGAGGAUAACUUCCACCUUCAGCAAGCCAAGCUACGCUCCAAAAUCCGGAUCCGAGACGGGCGGGCCAAGCCGAUUGAUCUCUUGGCAAAAUACAUCAGUGCUGAAGAUGACGACUUGGCAGUGGAGAUGCACGAACCUUACACUUUUCUAAAUGGACUCACUGUCUCUGACAUGGAAGAUCUACUAGAAGACAUCCAGGUUUACAUGGAGCUGGAGCAAGGGAAGAAUGUGGAUUUCUGGAGAGACAUGACCAUCAUCACUGAAGAUGAAAUAGCCAAACUCCGGAAACUGGAGGCUUCUGGGAAAGGACCUGGAGAGCGCCGCGAAGGGGUGAAUGCCUCAGUUAGUUCUGACGUACAGUCUGUCUUCAAGGGGAAGACCUACAACCAGUUGCAAGUGAUCUACCAGGGAAUUGAGGGCAAGAUCCUGGCUGGGGGACCCAACUUGGACAUUGGCUACUGGGAGAGCCUGCUCCAGCAGCUCAAGGCAUACAUGGCACGGGCCAGGCUGCGAGAACGGCAUCAGGACGUCCUGCGCCAGAAGCUGUACAAGCUCAAACAAGAACAAGGUGUGGAAAGUGAGCCCCUUUUCCCCAUCAUCAAAAAAGAGCCUUCAUCCCCAGACGCUGCCAGUAGCAGCCACCGUCUAGAGCCAGAGGAAAAUGCCCCAACACAGCCUGGUCCCUCUUCCAUGGAGUCUGGCACCGAACCAGAAGCUGAAGCCAAAGCUGAGGGAGACGGAGAAGCGGUGCUGAUCGAGGAGGACCUUAUUCAGCAAAGCCUGGAUGACUACGAUGCUGGCAAGUACAGCCCCCGGCUGCUCACCUCCCACGAGCUCCCCUUUGAUGCCCACGUGGUGGAAGCUGACGAGGAUCUCCAGCGCCUGCAACUCUCCCGGCAGCAGCUCCAGGUCACAGGCGAUGCCAGUGAGAGUGCUGAGGACAUUUUCUUCCGCCGUGCCAAAGAAGGGAUGGGGGCUGACGAGGCCCAGUUCAGCGUGGAAAUGCCCUUGACGGGCAAGGCUUACCUGUGGGCUGACAAGUACCGUCCCCGCAAACCACGUUUCUUCAACCGGGUGCACACCGGAUUUGAGUGGAACAAGUACAACCAGACCCACUACGAUUUCGACAACCCCCCACCCAAGAUUGUGCAGGGCUACAAGUUUAACAUCUUCUACCCGGACUUGAUUGACAAACGCUCCACCCCGGAAUACUUUCUGGAGGCGUGCCCAGACAACAAGGACUUUGCCACCCUGCGCUUUCACGCUGGACCUCCCUAUGAAGACAUUGCCUUCAAGAUUGUCAACCGAGAGUGGGAAUACUCUCACCGGCAUGGCUUCCGCUGCCAGUUUGCCAACGGCAUCUUCCAGCUCUGGUUCCACUUCAAGCGCUACCGUUACCGGCGCUGAAGAGAUGUGGGCUGAUUUUCCUAAGUGACAAACAUUGUGGACAGGAGGCGCAAGGGACUGGUUUCUUGAAGAUGGACCAAAAUGAGGGCUUUGAAGAAGGGAACAUUGGGGUGGACUGCUUUUCUAAAGUUUUAGGAUUACUACUACUAGAAAUCAUCUUUUUAAAAAUGUUUCAGGGCUGCCCUGAUCCUCACCAGCCAUUCACCUCUGGGGGAAUUAAGUUCGUCUCUCUGGCAGUAGAUGGUGCUCUUCCCUCUGCUAGACUGUGGCUUCUGAGACUAGUCAGUUUAAAGUGCCUAAUUGAGGUGCCUAAUAUCUUGGCUGGAGAUUAUCCUUGUUUUCUGAGAAUGUGUAGAUUAAGGAGGUUGGGGAGAAGGUGUCCAACCCUGAUAAAGAUUUUGGAUAUGUA